AUGGAGAAGGCCGCUCAGCGUCAGAAGGUCCUGCUGAGCCACCUGGCAUCGGCUCACGGCACGCCCGAGGUGGCCCCUCAGCCCACCUCCGCCGAGUCCCACGACCGCCGUGCGGGCGACCUGGACGACGUGGUCAUCGUCUCCACCUGCCGCACGGCCCUGUGCCGCGCCAGGCGGGGCGGCUUCAAGGACACCCCCGUGGACGACCUGAUCGCCGCGGUGCUAAAGGACACCCUGCGCCGCACCGGCAUCGAGCCCGAGGCGGUGGGCGACAUCGUGUUCGGCUCCGUCAUGGGCCCCUCCAGCCAGCGCGCCAACGAGCUGCGCAUGGCCAUGCUCUUCGCCGGCUUCCCCCACACCGUCCCUGUCCACACCCUGAACAGGCAGUGCUCGUCCGGCCUGCAGGCCAUGGCCUCGGUGGCCGCCUCCAUCAAGGCCGGGUACUACACGAUGGCCAUCGCCGGCGGCGUGGAGCACAUGACCAGCAACCCCAUGAACUGGGAGGGCACUGUGAACCCUCGUGUGGCCACCUGCCAGGAGGCCGCCGACUGCCUCAUCCCCAUGGGCAUCACCAGCGAGAACGUGUCGGCCCAGUUCGGCAUGACCCGCGCGGAGCAGGACGCCUUUGCGCUGCGGUCGCACCGGCUGGCGGCCGCCGCGCGCGCGGCGGGCAAGUUCAAGAACGAGAUCGUGCCCGUGGAGACGGUGCUCAAGGAUGCAAACGGGGAGGAGCGGCGCGUGACCAUCUCCGAGGACGACGGCAUCCGGCCCGAGGUCACGCUGGCCACACUGGCGGCGCUGAAGCCGGCUUUCAAGAAGGGCGGCUCCACCACCGCCGGGUCCAGCAGCCAGACCACUGACGGCGCGGCGGCGGUGCUCAUGAUGACGCGGCGCGAGGCGCGGCGCCGCGGCCUCCCCGUCCUCGCCAUCUUCCGCUCCUUUGCGGCUGUGGGCGUGCCCCCCGCCAUCAUGGGCAUCGGCCCCGUGGCUGCCAUCCCUGAGGCCGUGCGCCGCGCGGGGCUGGGCCUGGAUGACGUGGACGUGUUUGAGAUCAACGAGGCCUUUGCCAGCCAGGCCCUGUACACGGUGAAGAAGCUGGGCCUGGACCUGGAGCGCGUGAACCCCAACGGCGGCGCCAUCGCGUUGGGGCACCCCCUGGGCUGCACCGGCGCGCGCCAGGCCGCCACGCUGAUCAACGAGAUGCAGCGCCGCGGCAAGGCCGCACGCUUCGGCGUCAUCUCCAUGUGCAUUGGGUCGGGCAUGGGCGCCGCGGCGGUGCUGGAGCGCGACUUCUCCGACGACGCCGAGCGCUCCGCGCGCCCUGCGACCGGGGUCCAUGCCGGGCUCUCCCGCCAGUUUGCCGGCUGA